AUAGUAUCGUUGAGGGAUCUUACCUUGCCCCAAUAUCUCCUCGUCUCCUCCCGCUAUAAAUCCCGACCCCAAUCCACCCGAUCGAGAUGCGGAGAUAUCGAGUCAUCGGAUUAGUGGCACCCCUGCUCGUGCUGCUUGCCCUCGCCGUGUCGUCAGCCCGGAGCGCAGAAGAGGAGGCUACCAUGGCGGACGGCGGGCCAGUGGUGGGCGGCGUCCACGACGCGCCGGAGGGGCGCGAGAAUGACCUCCACGUCCUCGAUCUCGCCCGCUUCGCCGUCUCCGAGCACAACAAGAAGGCCAAUGCUCUGCUGGAUUUUGAGAAGCUUGUAAAGGUGAAGCAGCAAGUGGUUGCUGGCACGAUGUACUAUUUCACAAUUGAAGCAAAGGAUGGGGAAGUCACGAAGCUCUAUGAAGCUAAGGUCUGGGAGAAGCCAUGGAUGGACUUUAAGGAGUUGCAGGACUUCAAGCCUGCUGAAGACGGUGCUAGCGCCUAAGAAAAUUGAUCCAAUUGCAGGAACACAGCAUCUCCCAUGUGUAGUUGCUGCCUGAAGCGUGUAAGGACUUGCAGAAUAAAGCAGCCGGAAUUGAUAUAGCAGUUGAACAUGUCAUAUCAUGUUUGUGUAGUUGCUGCCUGAAGCGUGUAAGGAUUUGCAGAAUAAAGGAGCUGGAACUGAUAUAGCAGUUGAACAUGUUAUAACAUGUUUCCUUUAUGUAAUAUCACAAAUAAAAGUGCUAGUCUGCUUCUUAAAAGGUGUGUUAACUACAACUCUUGUAAUAGAAUUCUCGUAUUAUAAUUAUGACUAAUUUUGUUA